AUGGGUGGAGUUGAGUUUGAAGGCACUGUUGACCCUACAAAUGCUGAGCAGUGGUUGGAAUGGAUUGAAAGAGUGUUCGAGCAGUUAGAGAAUUCUGAUGCUGCCAAAUUUAAGUAUGUUGUCUCACUAUUACAAAAAGAUGCAUAUGAUUGGUGGAUAAGUGUACCAAAUGCUAGAGCAAAACCUCUUGUUCUUACUUGGAAUGAUUUUGUGAAAGAAUUUCAUAAGAAGUAUGUCUCACCUACUUAUCAUGAUGCAAAGAAAAAGGAGUUCUUAAAUUUAGAGCAAGGGAGUAUGUCUAUCACUGAAUAUCAGCAGAAGUUUCUCAGGGUGUCUGGCUAUGAUGGGGAUAUUAUUAAUAAUGAAAAAGAUAAUUGCAUGCGAUUCGAAGACGGUUUGAAUGAUUCUAUCAGAAAAUUUAUAGUGGUCCUACAACAUGAAAACUUUUGUAAAUUAGUUUCAUCUGCUCUUACUUGGGAAAGAAUCGACAAGGAACAAGCUGGUAGAAAUGAACACAAGUUCAGGAAAGCUUAUGUAUAUUUAGGAGGUCCAUUAAAAAGAGGGAGGUUUGACAGUUCCAAAGCUAAUACAUUUUGCAAAAAAGCUUCUGGCACUUGUUUUAAUUGUAAGAUCUUUGAUCAUAAAGUGAGGGAUUGUCCUAAUCCUUACCCUACUUCUGCUCCGCAUACAGAAGGCUCGAUUCAAAAACCUGUUACCACUCCCUCUCAAGGGAAUAGAGGUGCAAGAUCUAGAAAUACAUAA